AUGUUAUUUCUGAUAACUGAAAUCGUGCUGGGAACAUGGAAAUUCAGUCAGUUCGCAUGCGUUGCAUAUCUUAUCUUCGAAGCGAUGAAUAAGUUUGUGGCACCAGUUAUUGUGGUACUCAUCAGUCGAACGUGCUAUGUAGCCGUUUGCUUGGGGCCCGCAAAACAGAAAGCUGCAACUAGCUUGAAACUAGCUAUAGCACAAGUGACCGCUUCACUGAUACUCGUCAUGAUCAUGCUAUGGCCAGUGUUCACCUAUAGCCAAGUGUCGUCGUUAUAUUUAUACUUGAAUACAACCACAAAAACUGUCAAGGUUCUACGAAAAUGCAGUUUCAUGCCACCCCCUGGUGUUGAGCUGAGUUUCGGUGUUAUAUCAUGCAUAGCGAGUUAUGCAAUUCCGCUCGGUGGUAUGAUCUAUUGGUACGUGUCAGUGCCAUUUUUCCUCAAGAAGCAUGCCGAGAAAUCUUUGGUCACAAGAAGGUAUGCGAUCAAUUCCUCCUUGAAGAGCAUUUCAUUACCUUACGUCAGCGGUUCUCAUAGGGGUCAUUUUGAGUAA